UCGGCCUGAUUAACUGCUCUGUUGCUCAGUUUGACAGUAGCGUUUAGCUUGUUAGCCAUGUGUUUACCUGGUCGAGAUAGGGAUUUUAGUAAGAUUCAAGACAUGAAUGAAAUCGCUGUUGAAGUUUUAAUUUAUAGUCUGUUUUUAAAGUUUGGGCUUGGUUUAGUUUAGUUAGUUACAAUGGAGCGCCAGGGUUUCAUCGGUGACCUGGAGAGCAAGAGUAAAGAGCAGCUGUGUGAACUACUGUCACGGCAAGAAAAGUUACUAAACAAUAAGCGGUUCGUUCAAACGCUUACUGACAAAGGAAAGAAGAUUUCUGAGUUUGUGGGGAGAGUCCGCCAUGCUCUAGCAAAUAAGGAAGAAGAAGAGAAGAAGCAGGCCAGAUUGGCCUCUGUGCGAACAGAAUUUCAGGCCAGAUACCAGCAGGCUUUGUCUCUGCGCCAGCAUGUAGUCUCCACUGAUGUAUGUACUGCUAGAACAAGGCUUGAAGAGAAUGAGGACUCGAUGAAUACAGAGCCAUCACACCUGGGGGAAGCUGUAGGCAGAGUGGAUGGUGAAAACAGCUCCGAGUCCCUCUGUAUAGAGAACACUGACGUGAGACAGAGUACAUCUGGAGACACAGCAGCAUCCGGGAAUGCAGAUAGCGCUACAGACAUGGAUCUCACGGUGGCAUUUGAACGGGUCACUUUAUCCGAGGAGAGCCGUGUUCCUCCCAGAGACUCCACUAGAAAUCCUUUCUUGGGCUCACAGCAGCAGCAGAAGAAGCCACAUUACAUAGAAGUGUUGGAGAGAUCAGACGUAUAUGUGACAAAACCUCGAUUCAGGCCCAAUCAAAUCCCAGUGAAGUCAGACUCUCCAUCUCCUGGUGAGUCCCCUGGCUGUGUUACCCCUCUCAGUGCUGAGGCCCGGAGACAGAGGGACAGGAAGCACCUUGAUGACAUCACAGCUGCCAAGCUUCCUCCGCUGCACUACAGCCCUGCACAGUUACUGUCACUGGAGGAGUCCGUCACCCUCGCGAAGGAGCAGACAAAGAAGCAUCAGGAGCUGCAAGCCAAACUGGCUGCCCAGAAGCUGACAGAGAGUCUGACUGUCAGUAUGAACAGCUAUAAUCCUGAGGGGGGUGCUCUGGCUGCAUGCAGAGAGGUACAUGAUGAUGGGGCCUUCUCAGAGGAAGACUGACCCUGGAGACUGAUCUUGUCUUAGCCUAUGGAUAAAGACAUCUGGAGCUGUAUGAUCAGCUUUUUUAAUGGCCUUGUCUCAGGUACUUCCUUGAGUUGAAUUACUCUGAGACUCUUAACCAUGCUGUUCUGCAGGUCAUACUGCAAGGAACCCAAUUCCGAAAACCGAAUAGCUGCUACUGGAAUGCGCUUUGAAUAAAGCACUAGUCCAGUCAUUCUCAAAUCCAGCUCUGGGACUCUGAGCUCUAAACCUUUGUGUGUUCCCUGCUUUAACACCUAAUAUAGCUCGACAGGACUUUAUUAAAACCUACAUGAGCCGAGCCGGGUGUUCUACAGAAGGGACCAUCCAGAAAUGACAACAUUGGGAAUGAGAAGCACUUCACAACUAUGAAUUGGUUUCAGAAAUAUGAAAACACAUUAUGCAACAGUUUAUUCAUAUUUUUUUGCAAGACCUGUUUUGCAGCGUGAAGUAGAAAAUAAAUAAUGUUGACAGCUUAA